UCAUCAAUACUUGAAUAACUGAGUUUGAAUCUUAUCGAUCACAGUAGUAGCAAUGGCAGACGAGAUUAUCUUGUUGGAUUUCUGGCCUAGCAUGUUUGGUAUGAGGGUCAGACUUGCCCUGGCAGAGAAGGGCCUCAAGUAUGAAUAUAGACAGGAGGACUUGAGGAACAAGAGCCCUCUGCUGCUUGAGAUGAACCCAGUUCAUAAGAAAAUCCCGGUUCUGAUCCACAAUGGAAAGCCCAUUUGUGAGUCUCUGAUAAUAGUUCAGUAUAUUGAUGAGGUUUGGAAGGAUAAAUCUCCAUUGUUGCCUAGUGACCCAUACCAGAGAGCUCAGGCCAGGUUCUGGGCGGACUACGUAGACAAGAAGCUCUAUGAACUUGGAGGGAAGAUAUGGUCAACCAAAGGAGAAGAGCAGGAAACAGGCAAGAAGGAAUUCAUAGAGUGCCUCAAGCUUUUGGAAGGAGAGCUUGGAGAGAAGCCUUACUUCGGGGGUGAAAAAAUUGGGUUUGUGGAUGUGGCCCUGGUGACCUUCUCUUGCUGGUUUUAUGCAUACGAGACCUUUGGCAACUUCAGCAUAGAGGCGGAGUGCCCCAAGUUGGUAGCUUGGACCAAGAGGUGCAUGGAAAAGGAGAGCGUGUCGUCUUCUCUGGAAGACCCACACAAGGUCCAUGGCUUUAUCAUGGGGAUGAGAAAGAGGUUUGGUAUAGAGUAGAAGGGGCACAUGGAUUUGUUGUGAGGAUAAGAAAGAAGCUUGGUAUAGAGUAAAAGGGAAACAUCAUGGGCUAUUGAGUAGUGUUGUUUAGUUAAUAUUAGAUAAUAUAUAUGAGUGUUUGGCUGUUUGCUUAAGUUUUUUCUUUGAAAUUGUAUCGUUAAUCUUUCCGGUUGAAAUCCCUUUCUGAGGGUUGGUGGGUUUGCUGAGCUGUGUUCUUGUAUUAAAGAAAUAAAAGAGUUUUUAACUACCA